CUACAAGUGAGAGUAGGAGACCAUGCUGUCUUUCGAUACGCGAAUGGUGUCAAAGUACACCUGUACUUCGCAAAAAUUAUCAAUGGAAAAAAUUAUGUGAGGGACCUCUGGAGGAGCUUCCGCUUUCAGGAGCUAAUGAGCGGUUCGUUCACCCUGCCUCCGAAUGUGCGGGGUACCUCUCGGGGGUACGUCCGCAUAGAUGUCACGCAGGCAGGUAAGAAGUGUGUAUCUAUUGAUUCUUUUUGUAAACACGAGACUCGUCAGAAUGCUAAAAUCCAAUGUUGAAUAUAGCAGCUUUUGCUUUUCUUUGCUCCUUUCUGACUUCUCAUUUUGCAUUUGAUGAAGCUCUGAACUGAAUUCUCAGACGGCCCUGUUUACUUGCUUUGGUGGGGGGAAACGCGGGAGAUGAAACUGCUGCCGAACGAACCUUUGGAGAUCCCGAUUAACACCUCACCGGAGCGGUUUGGGUACUACUUGGCAGACGAUCCGUCCGUCGACGUUCGCAUUGGGGACGAGGUUGGAAGCAUCGACCUGCAACCCUUCGUGCAGACCGCGGGAUCCCACACCACGCUGGACGUCGGGGGGCGGUUUCGCAUCGGGAGCAGCGACAUCGAUAUCUCCAUAGUCACCUGCUGGAAAGAGCCCGUAACUACGACCGAGGGGGGCCCGAAGGCACGACCAAGUGGUAAAAAAUAAACAGUGAUUGCAGCUCGUAUAUUGUACAUAAGCGUGGAAAUCAAAUUUGAAAACCAAGGAAAGAUACGUGCAUCAGUGUCAUUGUUUUGUGGAACUGUUGGCAGAGUGUACCUUUUUUUUUGCAGAACUUCUACAAACCAGCGAAUAUCUUCAAAGGUUCGUCAUAUGCAGCUGCGGAGUCUAGUGGUAGCGCAUCAAACGCCUGGUCGAAUGCAAUGCAGACGUUGCCAACCUCACCCCGUUUCAGCUCCGCUGACAUUGAUGACGUCAACGGGUCGGCCGCGCGGCAAUGGGCUGCCUUGGCAGAGCGUGCAGAAAAGCUGCGCGAAGAUAUGACGGAGAGCCUAGCCGAGAACGUCUCUCGAGGGGGCCUCAAACCGCAAGCACACCUUGAAACAAUCAUGGCAGCGGAUCCUUUUCACAAUGGUGAGUACUUCUGUGUUUUUUUGUUUCAAUGUCACUUAGCGCAAAAAUUCUUGUGGCAUGAAAAAGUUAAAUUUUCAGCGUCAAGGAUGAUGUGCGACCAUCGGGUUUCAGGGUCAAGGAUCAGCUGCACUAUUGCAAAGCAGUGGAAAAGAGAGUGGAAAAGAUGAGGAAGCACGAGAAGUGGUGCAAAGGCAAGAAGUUUGCCUUUCCCCUAGGAGAUAGUAGUUACGUCGAACAGUAGUUGCUAGCAUUUCCAAUAACCCCGUCAGUUGGGUAAAUCAUUCACUCAUUCACUUCUGCUGGAUCUAUCUUCUGGAAACAAAAGGCGAUACGGAAACUAUACCAGUUGCCGCGUCGUUGCGAGCGUCUGUAGAACAGCGUCCUCCAAAAGCACACCCGCAGGAGCAGACGGAGCAGGGCGUGCACGCCUUUAACAUGUUCGUGAAGCCCGAGCCCACGGUUAGCGCUACAAAAGCUGCACCUGCCGAAGGCCCAUCUACUUCUGCCCCACUGGAAGUAGUUCCAACUGGGGCGGCGCCCGCCGCCGCGUCUCAGCAAGCAAUAGCUGCGCCCACCGCCCUUGCAAAAGGCAUCGUGUCGUUGCAGUGGGUUACGUUUCGGGGCAUGAAUGUGAAGCGCGCGUCGCUGGUCCUUCAGGCGAAGCAGUCGGCGAACCUGGUGUCGUGCCACUCGCAGCGGGCGCAGGUGAUGCACAUCCAGAAGGAGACGAAGAAGGAAAUGGUUACCAAAGUCUACUUCAAUGCCGACGCGGCCAAGCGCGACUUCACGCGCGGCGUGCUGCCGGCGAACUCGCCCGCGCUGAUCACACCUUCUGGCUCCGGGUCGGCGAAGCAGAGCGUCGCCGCGGAGCUCGCGAUGGAGAUCCAGUUGCCCGCCAGCGCGACGACCGGCGGUUCGGCCCUGCUGUCGCCGUACCUGGAUGCGCGCAGUUUGAUGGUCAGCGAGGCGGUCCGCGCGUCCCACAUCACGGCCUACUCCUCCGUUUCGGAGUACAGUGCGUUGAAGCUAGUUUCCGAGGCGUAUUCCGCCGAAGUUCCGGUCAACGAGGAGGCCCUGACCAAAGAGGAGUACACAGUCCCGAUCCACAGCAGCGAGGGGGCGCGCAAAAUCAUCGGCAAAGCGUGCUUCAAGGUCAAGGUGGUGCCGAUGAAACAGUGUCUCCGGCUGCAGAUCGGGUCGUUUGCGUCCGCCAACGAGGGGGCUUCUACCGUCCCGCCAACGAGUAACAUACUCGUCUCCUACAAGCUGCCAACGAGCGCCAGCAGCGGUACAAGUACGCCGGGGGGGACGAGUCGUUUUCAAGAGAUGGAGUCACCCUGGAUGCCUGCGAACUCCUUUCGGUACUCGUCGCAGCACUUCUUCGAUCUGCCGCUUGGGGGGCCGAACAAGUUGUUUGUGCAGGUUUGGUCAGAGCGGCGCAGCACGACGGAAUUCGCUGCCAGGUCGCUGCUUGGAAUAUGCAAGGUGCAGGUGCCGUGGCCGGACGGCAGUAUGUCGUGCCGCGCGAGCGUUCAGCCGGUUUCCGUCGACCAAGACAGCAGUGGGGCCCCUGCAAACCCUUCGACGCUGGAGGUGAGCUUGCAGUGCGCAACUGGCUACGCAGAUUCGUUUGCAGACGAUGCCGGAUCGUCCUCGACCGGCCUCGGGUCACUCCCACUGCGUACAGCGUCCGAAGCUGGAGUGCAGCAGCGACCGGCAGAGCCGACUACGACAAAAGAAACGUUUGUGGCCGUAGUUUCCGAGGCGGAAGACGUGCGCCAAGGCACCGCAUCGUUCCCUAUGUCGUCGCUUGGACCACCAGGCGGGAUAGCCGGCGGGUCUCUCCAGUACGGUGGGAGUUCCGGAUCGGACUACUAUCGCAGUGCGCCGUUGUUUCCCACCGCUCUGCGAAAGGUGGUGGCCGCGGGUCUCGCAACUGACGACGUAGAGCCACCGGUCGGUAUGACCGAGAUGUCGAUCGCAGAGCUAGAGCGCCAUCUCGCGCUUCAGGCCGUGCUGACCAAACAGGAAGCCAACGCGGUAACCGCGCAGGUAUGGGGCGAAAGCGAGGGCCGGGUGAUGCUCGGGUUCGAUGCCGUGCAGGAGCGUGAGCGCGCCAUGGUCUCGUGCAGCUUCGUGCGCGAGUGGCUUCGCCAGCGCGUCGCGCCGGUCAGGGAAGCACUCAGCCGCAUAGGCGCACUGGCGCAGGACGAGACCUCGUUCCUCUUCGAGAUCAACAAGCUCCUUGGCGAACAGACCACACCGGGGACCGCCGCUGCUUCGCUGUCCUGCGAUCGCCUUGUAAAGACGCUGACGCGAUUUUUCCCACCCGAGGAGGGGACGCUGAAGGUCUGCGUGCGACAAAUCUUCGACAUCCUCCUCGCGCCGGAAAACACGGAAUUAGAGGUGCGAUUUCUGGUCGAGGUGUUUCAGCGCUACCUGGAAAGGAAGCAGGAGAGCGAGUUCAAGGCGAAACGGUGCCUGGUGGCGCUGAGCAACGCGCUGGAGGGUCGCAAUGUCAAGGACCUUUUCCGGGCCUACUCGUUCCAAGUUGAUGCGCUCGUCGCGUCCUUGAGCGGGGCCUCAGCUGCUUCGGGCAGCAAGCCUCGUCGUUCCACCACAACUCCCGAUCAUGUCGGAGUCGUGACGCAGUCGCAGGUAGAGCGCGCCCUGAGAACCCCGCCUCAGAGCUCGCGACUGCUACAGGGCACGGCGAGUAGUCGAAACAAGUCGCAAUCGCCGCGGAAGGCAGCCACCGGGAUCGUCGAGGGGAAUCAGCCAAGCUCGCCCGCCAAAGCGGCGGUCCCGUUCGCACAGUCCGCGUACGCCGGCAUGGUCGUGGGCGCGGCACCACCGCUGGACGAAAAUAGUAUGCGGCCACCAGAACAAGAAGACGACGCUACCAGCCCCGGGCAGCACCUUGCUCAAAUACAACAGGCAACCAUGGAGCGCCGGCGGAUAACGGUGGUCCACAGAAAAGCAUUUGAGCACGUGCUCACGGCGGAGGUCCUGACGGCGGCGGACUGGGAGGAUCCGGCUCAGUGCCUCGCCGACUACCUGGAAGUCGUCAGCCAUAAAAGGCACGUGGAUCUGGACCGUCUACAACGGGAGAUGGAUCGAGCCACUACCGCUCCAGAUUCCAGCAGCGACCCGAUGCUGGUGGAGGACGCUGAGGGUACUAUUUAUUGAGCUGGUUCGUUUUCUGCAGCAUUGAAGGAUCGAUUGCUACUCGGCAACGUAAGUAAGAUCCGUCCCUGUCUUCGUGAAGGCUACUCUGAUUUUCUUCAUUUUCGUGCUUUGACCACUGAAAUUUCAACUAGCAGGUGAUGUCGCUGUCGCUCCAAAGGCGGCGCCUGAGAUCCUUGUAGCUAGCGAGGAUGUAACAGCGCUUGCGGAGCCGGUGGAUAUGCCAAAGUUACCCUCCCACCCCGCGGCCGUCAACAUCAUUAAGGAGCUGUUGUCGCUACUGAUCUCUGGCUGCACGAAAACUGCGGAUGCCGUGGCGAUGUUGGACAAUGCCGCCGCGCUGAUUGCGAGAAAUCCAAAUCGCGACGACGUGGCCAUAGCCGUCGCUGCGUGGAAGGAGCUUGGACUGAACAGCAGUGGCCUUGCGAGCGUACUGGCGCUACAGGCCUUUUGCUCUUGGAGCAAAGCGCAGCGGCGCAUGGAGGUCACCGAGGAAAACAUUUCCAAGAUGCAGAAGGUCUUCUUCUACUUCUACGACUUCGAAAACAACUCGCUGUUUCUCAAGCUGUUCGAAGUCAUACUGGCCUCACACGUGGACCCAAUCAAAGCCUUCCGGAUUCUAGACGCAGACCAGGACGGCAAGCUCACGAUCGAUGACUUCAUCCUCAUGCUGAAGAAGCUCGGUAAGGAAAGAAGCAAAACUUUCUUGGGACGCUUUCUACCUUUUUUUGUCUUACUGUAUCUGCAGUCAAUGUUUUCUUUUUUGCACGAACGCGUUCAUCAUCUGCGAGAAGUAGAGCCACUUAUCUUCUGAAAAACAAAACACACAGGCCUCCCGCUUUCGGACAGCGACAAGGAGUGUUACCAGCGGUAUGGCGGCGACAAGACGUUUACGCUGCAGGAAUUUCUGGAGUCGUUCAACCGCUUCCGAAGUCGUCGGUUCGGGUACGUCGACGAGGUGGCCCAGAGUGCCCCGCCGCCCAAGACGUCGGUCGAUCUGUCCCACGUGGGCGACGCGUCCCGGCGCGAGCUUUUCCUGCGCACCAACCAGUACUGCUUCAACCUGCCGGCCUACUUCACCUUCGCGCUACUCGAGAACCGGGCGAAUGACGGGAAUGCGAACGCGACGCCCACCGUGUCGCGGAGCCUGUUUCUCAAAUUUGUGUACCAGGUGCUUGGCGGGGGGAUCAUGACCGACGCGGAGGCCCGGCGGACGGUGGACAUCAUCGACAUCACGAACAAGGACGUCGCGGUCACGAGCGCCAACGAGGGCCAGCUGACCAUCGCCUACAAGGAUUUUCGCCGCUACUGCCACCACGUGGACAGCAAGCGCGCGGUGGCCAAGCCGGAGCAGGAGAAGAUGGUGCGCGAGCUGCGCAAGGACGUGCGCGAGUUCCUGGACGUCAUCACGGGGGUGGACCUGGAUUUGCCGGAAACGCUGGCGAUCGCCAAGGUCAGUCCCACGGACGCCAUUUCGGAGGCGGGGCUGGCGCGGAUUUUCGCCGAGCUGCGCGUGGCGGAGACCGUCGCGCGGCCGGUCUACGAGUGGGUCACCGCGGUCCAACUGUUCCGCAAUGAGCCCACGCUUACCUACCAGCAUCUAUUCGCCACCGUGUGCGUGCGCGCGUGCGCCUAUUUGCGCCGCCACUUGGACGACCUGUUUACGAUCUUACUGUUCUCCAACGUAAAACGGGUCGAGAACCUCUUCCAGGAAACCGACUACCGUGUGCGGUGUGACGUCUUCAAGGAAGCGGUUUUGGCCUUUGCCGAGGAGGCGGUACUGUGCUUUUGUUUGCCGAAUACUUAGAAGAAAAAAAUGAUUCACGGUGGUAGUGUAAGUAUGUAUGCGAAUAGGGACUCGCGAAUUUGGAACCACACUGGUUUCUAUCGUGGUUUAUCUAUGUCAAUCAAAACAGAAUGUUUCCGCCGCGCACCUGGACUGGGAGGACAUUUUCGUUGCGGGAAGCUACAACGGCUGGUUUCCCCUGCCGGAUUUGUGCCUUUCCUACAAAGAGUUUCAAACCCGGUACGGUGUGCUCAUCGGCGAGCUGGCUCGGCGAAUGGAGACACUCGGCAUCUCGAGUCACGAGCUCUUUGCUGCGGCCAAGAAAUCAACGACGCCUGCCUAUUUGGGCCGCGGCGCUUCGCAGCGUCUGUCGUGA